GACAAAAGAAGAAUCAGAAAGUGAAAAGAGAAAGAGAGCUUAGCGAGCCAUGAACAGUAUCUUCUCCAUUGACGAUUUCUCCGAUCCUUUUUGGGAAACUCCUCCGAUUCCUCUCAAUCCCGACUCUGCCAAGCCUGUUACGGCUGAUGAAGUCAGCCACAGUCAACCCGAAUGGACUUUCGAGAUGUUUCUCGAAGAGAUUUCUUCGUCGGCGGUGAGCUCUGAGCCACUUGCAAACAACGCGAUCGUCGGUGUUUCGUCGGCGCAGUCUCUUCCUUCUGUUUCUGGACAGAAUGAUUUCGAGGAUGAUAGUCGAUUUCGCGGUCGCGAUUCAGGGGAUUUGGAUUGUGGUGCUGCUCCGACGACGACGGUGAUUGUUGAUUCCGAUGAUUAUCAUCAUCGUGUUCUUAAGAACAAGCUUGAGACUGAGUGCGCUGCUGUUAGGGUUGGGUCUGUGAAGCCUGAAGAUUCGACUAGUUCUCCAGAAACUCAAUUUCAACCAGUUCAAUCCAGUCCUCUUACUCAUCAAGGUUCUUUAAUGACCCCAGGAGUUACUUCUUCCUUACCAGCUGAGGUGAAAAAAACUGGUGUACCAACGAAGCAGGUUACUAGUGGAUCGUCGAGAGAAUAUUCUGAUGACGAUGACCUUGAUGAAGAGAAUGAAACCACCGGUUCUUUGAAGCCAGAGGACGUUAAAAAAUCUAGAAGGAUGCUGUCAAAUCGUGAGUCAGCUAGGCGAUCUAGAAGGAGAAAGCAGGAGCAAACAAGUGAUCUCGAAACACAGGUUAAUGAGCUAAAGGGUGAACAUUCGACACUCCUUAAGCAACUGAGCAACAUGAAUCACAAGUAUGAUGAAGCCGCUGUUGGCAAUAGAAUACUUAAAGCUGACAUUGAGACAUUAAGAGCUAAGGUGAAAAUGGCGGAAGAAACGGUGAAGAGAGUAACAGGAAUGAAUCCGAUGCUUCUCGGGAGAUCAAGUGGACAUAACAACAACAGAAUGCCAUUAACUGGUAACAACAGGAUGGAUUCUUCUAGCACUAUUCCAGCUUUUCAACCACACUCAAACCUAAACCAUAUGUCAAAUCCUAACAUCGGGAUCCCAACCAUUCUACCUCCAAGACUCGGAAACAAUUUUGUUCCUCCUCCAUCACUAAACUCCCAAACCAGCUCUCCGUUGCAGAGAAUAAGAAAUGGGCAAAAUCACCAUGUUGCUCCAAGCGCCAACCCGUAUGGUUGGACUACUGAACCUCAGAACGAUUCAGCAUGGCCGAAAAAAUUCAAAAUGGGUUCAAGUAAGCUAAAACGUGCCAUAGGAGCCGUGAAAGAUCAAACAAGCGUAGGAUUAGCCAAAGUUGGAGGUCGAAGCAGUUCUUUAACGGAACUCGAAGUAGCUGUCGUGAAAGCGACGCGGCACGAUGAUUAUCCAGCGGAGGAGAAAUACAUUAGAGAGAUCUUAAGCCUAACGUCAUACUCACGCAACUACGUAAGCGCUUGUGUGGCAAUUCUCUCGAGACGGCUCAACAAGACCAAGAACUGGUCCGUUGCUCUCAAAACCUUGAUUUUGAUCCAACGGUUGCUAACAGAUGGCGAUCGAGCCUACGAGCAAGAGAUAUUCUUCGCGACUAGACGAGGAACGAGAUUGCUUAACAUGUCUGAUUUCAGAGAUGCGAGUCAGUCUGAUUCGUGGGAUUACUCUGCUUUUGUUCGGACUUAUGCUUUGUAUUUGGAUGAACGUCUUGAUUACCGGAUGCAAGGAAGGAGAGGGAAACGCAGUCGCGGUGAUGGUGAUUCCGGCGAGGAUGAUGAUCAUCGAGAGACCAGUACAGAUAUUCGGUCAAAAGCUAUUGUGGUUAAAUCUAAACUGGUCACAGAGAUGAAAACAGAGAAAAUUUUCGUCAGAGUACAACAUUUACAACAGCUUCUUGAUCGGUUCUUGGCUUGUCGUCCAACAGGUAAUGCGAAGAACAACAGAGUGGUGAUUGUGGCUCUGUAUCCGAUAGUAAGAGAGAGUUUUCAGUUAUACUACAACAUAACAGAGAUCAUGGGAGUAUUAAUAGAUCGAUUCAUGGAAUUAGACAUUCAUGAUUCGAUCAAAGUCUAUGAAAUCUUCUGUCGAGUUUCUAAACAGUUUGACGAGUUAGAUCCGUUUUACGGAUGGUGUAAGAACAUGGGAGUUGCAAGAUCUUCAGAGUAUCCAGAAUUGGAAAAGAUCACACAGAAGAAACUUGAUCUCAUGGAUGAGUUUAUAAGAGAUAAAUCAGCUUUAGCUGCACAAUCAACAAAAUCAUCAUCAAACAAGUCUAACAAAUCUGAAGAGGAGGAGAACAAAACAGAGGAAAUUCAAGAAAAUCAAGAAGAUUUGAACUCCAUUAAAGCAUUACCAGCACCGGAACACGAAGAAGAAGAGAAAGAAGAAGAAAAAAUGGAAACAAAGAAAGAUUUUGACGAAGUGGUUUCAAGCCAAGAGCAAGAGCGUGAUUUGCUGGAUUUAACAGAUGAAGCAGGUGAAACGGCAGGAACGGUUGGUGAUAGUUUGGCGUUAGCGUUAUUUGAUGGAGCUGUGUCGACUGAGAGUGCGUCUGGACCGGGGUGGGAAGCAUUUAACGAUAAUUCGGCGGAUUGGGAGACGGACUUGGUGAAAUCGGCAACGAGAUUGUCGAGACAAAAGAAUGAGCUCGGAGGAGGAUUUGAUACUUUGUUGCUUGAUGGAAUGUAUCAGUACGGUGCGGUUAAUGCUGCGGUUAAAACGUCUACGGCUUAUGGAAGUAGUGGGAGUGCGAGUAGUGUGGCUUUUGGUUCUGCAGGAAGACCAGCAGCCUCAAUGUUGGCAUUGCCAGCGCCACCACCUACAGCCAACGGAAACAGAAUCGGAAGCAAAAGUCCGGUAAUGGUGGACCCAUUUGCGGCGUCGCUAGAGGUAGCCCCACCAGCAUACGUGCAAAUGAGUGAUAUGGAGAAAAAACAAAGAUUGUUAAUGGAAGAACAAAUAAUGUGGGAUCAAUACAACAGAAAUGGAAGACAAGGUCACAUGAAUUUCAGACAAAACCAACAACAACAACUUUAUCAGCUUCCAUACUCCAUGGGACCUUAUUCUUACACGCCUCGCUAUUGAAAUUAUAUAAACAUACAAUCACCAUUGAAGAGCUUGAAAGAAAGGUGUUAGCUUCUUUUUUGUUGUCACUCUAACAUUAUAUUGUGUGUAAACUCUUCUGGUCAUUUUACUUACUUUGUAAACUUAAGAAUAUAAGAAACCACCAGAAACAUAAGAUGUGAAACUUGCUUUUGGAAUGAUUAUCUUUCGAAUUUUAACAUUCCAAAACUCUUCUACAACACAUAAAUUAUUUAAUAACAAAGUCUAAAAUUGUAAUAUAAUUUUGAAAUUUGU